UUCAUCUCCCUUCCAUAUAUAUAUAAAACUCUCCUACAAAGCUGAAGAGAAACAAAAGAAACCCAAAAAAAGAUAAAGAUCAGUGAUCCUGCUUUACUACCGACCUUCUUCACCCUCUUUCCAAUGGCCAUCUCAUUCCUCUUCAAGCUCCUUAUAUCUACCCAAACCUCAUCCAUUUCCAUCCAUUCACCUUCAUCAUGGAGCCAAGAGAUGCAUACUUGGGAUUACUUAUAAUCUACCUUCUUCUCUCUUUGUCCAAGCCUACCAACUUUCUCAUUCACACAGAAGCAAGAAGACACAACAAUCAAAUGAAGACACUAACAAACUUUGUAGCUUACUCAUCAUCCUCAGACCCAUAUCUCAUGGCACCUUCUGAUAACUUUAAUGCUCCUUAUUGUGUAUAUCCACCUUCAUUUCCAUCACCACCUUCUACAACUUUUCCCACACCUACAUUCCCCUUUCUUCAACCACCACCAUCACCAGAAUCAGAACAAGAACCUCCUCCAGGGCCACCGGAAUACGAAAGAAGCCCGCCGGAGUUUAUUCCAGGAACACCGGCUUUUCUGCCACCGAUAGUGUACCCUCCACCGUCCGUGCCACCGCCACCUUAUCGCGGCCCAACUCAGGCGUUGUGGUGUGUUGCUAAGCCAACAGUUCCAGACCCUAUCAUUCUUGAAGCCAUGAAUUAUGCUUGUGGCUCUGGAGCUGAUUGUGAUGCCAUACAACCUAAUGGUGCUUGUUUCCAACCUGAUACAUUGAUAUCUCAUGCUUCAUUUGCUUUCAAUAGUUACUGGCAGAGGACUAAGUUGGUUGGAGGAACUUGUGAUUUUGGUGAUGUUGCCAUGUUGAUCACUAGAAACCCAAGUUAUGAUGGGUGUACUUUCACCUUGAACAUGUGAGGUGGUGGUGGUCUACUUAAUUUGAUUUUAUAUAUAUAUAUAUAUAUUGUUAUUUUUUUCAGAAUUAUGGCGGUGGAUAAAUUGUAAUUUGGACAAAAGUGACAGGGUCUUAUGUUGGCUGCUGAAUAUUAGUUGUUAAUAGUUUUAGUCAGGGGUGGGAAACUUAAUUUAGAUAGAAUUAUUUUAAAUGUUUUCAGUAUGACUUCUUUAGUUACAAGUCUCAAUGAAAUUGACAAGUCUUUUUGUUUUUUUGUUUUUCCUUUAUUUAUUGCCUUAGAAGGGAAAUCCACAAACUUGAAUUUAUAUUUUCAACAUAUGUUAAAUUACUUUUGAAUGAAGAGUUCACUAUGUUUGUUAUUA